AUGUGGAACGAAGAUUUGAAUGUUUUUACCAAUACUCCAAAAGAGCCGCCAACUAAAGUAAAUCGAACAAAACUACCACGACGUGCUAGGAAUUUAAGCAAGGAGCAACUACAAAAAGCUAUACGCAAGAAAAAGGAAUGCAAUGAUAGAGCACAGCGCAUUGUAGAAACAUUGAUAGAACCUGACCGAGUAGAGGAUGAAUUUCUCCUCAUGCUCAAAGACAUCAACCAAUGCCAUAUGGAAGAUAUUGUACAGGAGCGGGCAAUUGGGAAAAUCUGCGGCUACCCGUUGUGCGACAACAAACUGACUGACAUACCAAAGCAGCAGUACGUGAUUUCAGUAACAAGAAGCAAAGUUUACGACAUUACGGAGAGGAAGAAUUUCUGUUGUGGCGAAUGUUACAAAGCGUCCAACUAUAUCAAGCAGCAGAUGCUAACGAGCCCGCUUUGGUUGCGUGAUCAGGAAGAUAUUCCAAGCUUUCGCCUUCUGAAUGGCAGACAGCUUGUGUAUCGCGAAACGGAUGUAAAGAAGCCAAUAUCGACAGAAAAUGUGUUCCUUGGGGAACUGAAGGUUGUUGAAAGAACGUACGAUUCAAAAGAGCUAGCGUCAAUGUUUCAAAUAGAGCCUCAACGUGAUGUAUGCACAUCGAACAGUGCUGACGAAACGAUUCCUCAUGAUAUACAGAGAAUCGUUGAAGAAACAUUAAAGCUACACGUGUGAAGAAAUAUAAAGUUACAUUUUGUAAU